GUUUCUGCACUAAGUGUUGAAGAACUAGAAGCUAGAAUGCGCAAAAUGGACUCAGGGGAAAUAGAAAAACCUAAAAGCGGUAGUGUUGGUCAGAACUUGCACAAAAAUGAGGGUAGUCAGAAUAUAAGAUCUGAAAUCGAAAGUGAAUCCGAGGCUUCCCAGUCGACCGAAAUAAAUUCACAGGACGUAGAAGCUUUUCGAAAAUUACUAGACCAACUUGGCAAACCUCGAGUAGAUAUUUCAAUGAACAUUGUCUUGCCAAAUACGUCAGGACAACAACAUUUAUUAACUAAUCCCGUUGGGGGAACAUAUCCCUCCACUGGUAUAUCACCAAUACCACCCAAUUCAUUACCCCAAGCCAAUAUGGCCAAACAAGAAUAUAUGAUGAAAAUUAUGCACCAACAACAACUUCUACAUCUGCAGCAAAAUGUGGGUAAAAUGGUAACACCACCCGUUCUUCAACAUCACCAUAGACUAACACAAAUAUCUCCACAACAACAGACUGAAAAUUUGCCUUUAUUAUCAGCACCACCAACACCCCAUCAUCAACAUUCUCAUUACAUGCCAAUAAUAAUGGGCCCUCCGCAAAAGCGACUUGAUGUGCAACAUUUAAUUCAGUCGGUUGUACGAGAAGAACUAUCAAGAAGCUUUUUGGAAAAGGAGUUAAAGAAUCCCAAUGUUCCCCCUUACACUAAAGAUGUAAUUUCAACAGUAUUAAAGGAAACAUCGCGAUACAAUUUACAAUCUACAGCUGGAGGCGGUCAAAAUGCACCUGAUUCUGUGGAAGCAGGAGUGGCCAAUGAUAUUUGUGCUGCACCUAAUAAUCUAAUGCAAUCUUUAGCCAGAGGGGAAGUUUCGCUCAAUCUAUUGGAGCAUGAGUUAAAUAAACUUAACAUGAGCACUGCUAACGAAACUAAUAGUGGAGUAUUCAAUGAAAGAUCUCGCUGUGGCACACCUUUAAAUGCAUCAUUGAACAUUGUUUCUAUACCGACGAGUGGAGGUGUCGUUGCGUCAUUACCUCCUCAAGUAGUUCCUGCACAAAAACAAAGUCAAGUUCUAACAAACGAAAAUGUUUGUCCAAUAUUGCCAGAUCAACAACAGGCUAUUUCUUCGAUGCUACGUUCACAUCAUCAUGAAGAAUCGACACUACAUAUGCCAACUCAACGGGAACUUCAAAUGCACACUCAAGCCAUUAUGCAAAAUGCCCUAUUUAAAAAGAAAUUAGAGGUAGAACAACAUGAGGCACUAAGAAGACGACAAGAAAUUCACAAACAGCAAGAACUUGAAUCAUCAAAUUUCAGUCAGCAACAUCAACAGUCAUUAAACUCGAAUUCCAUGAUGUCUCAACAAGGGCACCAACAACAACAAACAUCAAGGCAUGUAAAUUCUCCUACACCAUUAGCUUUUACACCUACUUCCGUUUUACGCAAAAUGACGGCAGAGAAGGAUACAAUUUCUAAUUCUUCACAAGCCACAACCAUAACUUCAUCAUCGCCUCAACAGGUUCAGCCGCAUAUACAGCAGCCACAUUUAAAGAUCCAUACACAUCCUCAGAUUCAUGGCCAACAAAUGUCGUAUCAGCUUGGAAACCAGCCCAGAAUGAUACUUGGUGGGGGAAAUUUUCAGUACAUGCACCAGCAGCAUCAAAUUGCACCAGCUGCAAAUGGUAGCCCACAAAUGUCUCCUCAACAAAAAUCUCAAAUACGCAAUCAACCACCAGGACCUCUAAAAUGGCCACUUAUUACACAUUCAACAGUGGAAUCGAAUCAUCCUCUACAUAAUAACAUGCCUAACAAGCCAAUGGGACGACCAAUUCUAAAAGGACCGGGACCUAUUCAACCUCUUGUGCCACACAAUGCGCAUAAUCCACUAGGGCAAAAUCAUGCAAAUGUAAAUCAAAGCUCACAACCCAAUCAAACAGUGGUGUCUAUGCAAAAAUAUCCAACGAUGCAACAACCAAGACAAAUCGUUGGCCAACAGUUUUCAAGUCAUAUAAUUCAACAAAUACCUACAUCUCAACAAAACAAUAUGCAACAGCAGCAGCUAUUUCAACAACGAUCAGUUGUAAUGCAACGUCAGCAAAUUCCACAAAAUGACUUGGGGAACCAUGCACCUCUACAACCAGCUCAUCAUCCAGCUUGCAAUGAUAACAAUUCAGUAACAAAUUUAAAUUUCCAACGUGAAGGUGGCUUAUCGCCAACCAGUAAUCAAUUAGCCCAAUGGUUUUCGCCAGAAUUACUAGCACAGGCAUCAGCAGGAAAACUGCCAUUAUUAAAUAUGAAUCAGGCACUAAGUUUAGAAGAAUUUGAAAGAAGCAUACAACAUUCCUCAACUGCUGUAAACAAUUGAAUAUAAAUAUUUACUUUAAAUACUACCUAUAUUAUUAAAUUUAUGUAAUUGUAAACCAUAUGUAUGUAUGAUGUUAAAAGAUCGAUUAUUAUUAUUAUUGAUAAACUAUUAUGAUGUACGUACUCAAUUAAAAAAGGAAACACAAGUUUUAUACAAAAUAUGUUUUAGUAAAAAAAA